AUGAGCGCUCCUGAAUCGUCGGCCGCAAGCGCUGCCGCGCCUCCAAGCCCGGACCCGACAUCGUCCAGUGCCCCGUCUGUAUCCACGGCCCCGUCUGCGUCUUCUUCGCCUCGUAACGGACUCAAGAGCGAGGUUGAAGACGUCGUGGGGCAGGAAUUAAUCCACUGGCUCGACGCGAAUGCGGCGGAUUCCAAGAAACUGGUACUGAAAGAGUACGCGCCUGAAGUGCGUGGCGUCCAUAGCCGGAAAGUGCUCGUGCCGGGCGAACGCAUCCUUGUGAUCCCUAAGAAAUGUCUGAUCACGGUCGAAAUGGGCAAACAGACGGCAAUUGGACGCCAAUUACUCGCUCGGAACGUCGAAUUUGUUGCGCCAAAGCACAUUUAUCUGAUGCUGUUUCUACUGACGGACAUGGAGAACCUCGAGACGUCGUUUUUUCGCAACUACUAUAGCACGUUGCCCAGUACGCUUCGGAACAUGCCGAUUUUCUGGUCGGACGAAGAGCUCAAUUGGCUGAAAGGGUCGUACAUUAUUCAGCAAAUUCAGGAACGCAAGGCUGCGAUCCGAAAAGACUAUGACGUGAUCUGUCGUGUCGAUCCGUUGUUCGCUAGGUUCUCGCUCGACCGCUUCAGUUGGGCACGGAUGAUCGUGUGCAGUCGUAACUUUGGCUUGACCAUUGACGGUGUCAGGACAGCAGCACUCGUGCCGUUUGCUGAUAUGCUCAAUCAUUACCGUCCACGUGAAACGAGCUGGACGUUUGACCAGAGCAUUGACGCGUUCACGAUCACAUCGCUCGGCACGAUUGGCGCCGGUGCGCAGGUUUAUGACUCGUACGGCAAGAAGUGUAACCAUCGCUUUUUGCUCAACUAUGGCUUUGCAGUCGAGGACAACACUGAAGAAGAUGGCCGUAACCCGAACGAGGUGCUCAUUGACUUCCAGCUCUCACCUGCUGACGGACAGCUUUUCUACGAUAAGCGAGCAUACUUGCACGAGAGCGGCAUCUUUACGAUGGACGCACGCCUGAGCUGCUCGCACUCGGAAUUCAACACACGUGAGGGCUUUAGCUUUGCCCGUUUGAUUGUUGCUACUGAGGAGGAGUUUUCUUUGAUGAAGAAAAAGAGUCCGGCGCACUCGUCUCCGCCCGUUUCGUUCGAGAACGAGAUUCGUGUACUUCAGUACUUGCGCACCCUUAUGACUCACCAGCUAAGUCUCUACGACACUACGAUCGAAGAAGACAACGAACUGCUGGCCUCAAAGCAGUACCCGCUGUUCUCUAACCGCAUUCAGGCUCUAUUCUUCAUCCGAGGCGAAAAGCAGGUGUGCCGAUAUCUUCAGGAGCUAGCAGACAAGGUCAUCCCGCUAUUUAGCUUACCGCUGGCAGAAUGUCGCGAGGAAUUGCAGCGCAGCUUUGACGGCGACAGCGACGUCGACCGCUAUGCACAAGACGUGAUCGCGUAUUUGGUUACGCAAGUUUACAGCGAAAGCUAG